UGUUUGAACGCAGCGCAGGUUUACUGCAACAAUGGCCGCUAACUGUCAUACAUGGAGACCAGACCGAGGACGGGGCUACAAAACCUACGGAAUAGUGACCGUGUUGUUCCUGGACCUGGUCUUACAGUGUGUUCACGGGUACCUGAGCUCGCCCCAUAUUGGCCAGGAGCGUCACUACACCAGAGAUGCCCCGCAUGGACCUGUCAUCACCAGCCCUGAGGUCCCUGCAGCAGCUUCAGUGUCUCCUGCUGAUGAAGAGAGCUACGUGUCCAAGUGCCCAAGUGGAGGUGUGUGUAGUCGCCUGCCCGCUGAUUGCAUUCAGUGCAAUUACAACCAUAACUGCACCUACAGAAAACCAGCUUCCUUCACCUGUAAACCCAAAAAAGGAGUUCACUGUGUGGGAGACUCAGGACAGCAGCAGAGCAACUUUUCUCUCUCCAUCAGCUGUCAGUUCUGCUGGCAGCUGGAUGAGUCCCAGUACCGCUGCUCUAACUCCACCAGCUGUAUGACUGUGUCCUGCCCACGUAAGCGCUACAACGCCACCUGUGACGUGUUGGACCAUGUUCAUUGUCUGGGUAAAAGACGUUUUCAGAAACGUUUGUUUUGUAACUGGACAGGAGGUUACAAGUGGUCAACAGCUUUAGCACUCAGCAUUACCCUGGGUGGUUUCGGCGCAGACCGGUUUUAUUUGGGCCAGUGGAGAGAGGGUCUGGGCAAACUGUUCAGCUUUGGAGGCCUGGGAAUCUGGACUCUGAUCGAUGUGCUCCUAAUAGGAGUUGGUUAUGUGGGACCUGCAGACGGUUCUCUCUACAUCUGAAGUAAAACUCUGGAGAAGUAGCCGGCUGGUUUGUGCCCUCUUCCACUUUGCACCGCUUCACUCUCAAAGAUUGAAGAUCUGAGAUGCUGUGUUCUUAGCACGUCUGCCCGCCCAAGCUUGCUGUGCUACACAUCUUCAGCCCAUCUGCUAACAAGCAGGAAGUGUUUUCCACAUUUCACCAACACCGAAUCAACCCACACAGUCAUUAGAUCAAUCCUAAUCAUUCUGCAUCCAUCUCCUGCAGAUGGAGCUGUGCAGGGGGAUAUGAAACCAGGAAUUAUAUCUAUCUGGUCGGUUUGACUAAACUGCUGAUUGGACUGUGUCAUGCUGAUAUAUAGAUAGGUUUGGUUUCCUGUGGCGCGGUGCUUUCACAGACAUCCUGUCACCUAGGAGCUGCGUGAUGCUCCUCCCUCAUUGCAAGGUAAAUGCAUCAGAGGGGGUCAAAUGGUAACUAUGGCUACAGAGCUUUUCUGGUGACAACAUACACAAUAGACCUGCUGAAAGGUUAUUUCAGUGUCCUAAGGGAAAGCUUGAAUAUGCAGAAGGGAAUAUGUUCUGGUGUAACUGACAGCUGAUAGGUGUUAUGUUAAUCAAUUCAACAGUUGUUUUACAUGUUAACUUUUCUCCCCUAAAAUGACCCAGCAGUGAAGGUCACAACUGUAAGAAUGAUGCUUUAUCCAGGGUUAUAUGAACAAUUCCAUUUAUUUUCAAAAGCUUUAAAAGUAAGAAAAAUCAGCUUCAGUUAUGAAGUUCUUAUGUUGUGUAAAUACAUUUAAAAUAACUACUGUUCUUUCAAACAGAAUACAAAACUGUCAAGAGUAAAGAAAGAUAAUUACUAUCAUCAAGUACUGCAAUGAGUUGUCUUUCUUUUGGAAAAAACAGGUAAUAGUUAAACAGAACAUCUGAAUACUACAAAUGGUUUACACUAACAAACUGCUUGUAUGGUUUCCUGUGUUGGAGAAAUAUUCUGUGCGUUUCCCCUACACUUACUUUCAUUCUUCACAUUGUAAAAACGACUCCAUGUACUCACACUGUAAGAUAUUUGCUUGAGACUGUGUGGCACAAAUGGGCUCCCCUUCCACUACAUGUAAAUAUGUUUUGUGUUUUCAGUGACAGGUCAUUUUUAUUUUGUAUAAACACUGUAAACGCCAGUUUUAAUUUAAGUUACAUUUAAGUUAUGUUAAUAAAAUUGUGAAAUAUA